GAGCAAUGUUUAUGUCUGUCAGAUUCUUUGGUUUCAUACAAAAACACGUCGAAUAAAACUAGUUUCAUCAAAAUCGGCAAACAGGACAAAAUUCUUGGGUAUUACCAUCAUAUUUUUAUCAAAAUUUAAGGUGGAUGAAGCAUUCUUUACAUUAAAAAUAUCAAAUGUGGAAGCAAUAUAAACUACUGUAUGGUAGAGGCGCAGUGCAAGGGAGAAAGAUUUUUUCUCGCAGUUAUCAAACUGGGGAAGUGGCCACAAAGGUAACCGACGUGACAUCAGAAUAUGCAUUUCCUAAGGAAGCACGAGUUGUUAUAUGUGGAGGUGGAGUUAUGGGUGGUGCUGUGGCAUACCACUUGUCCCUCAUAGGACUGGGACCAGAGACUAUUUUGGUAGAAAGUGGCAGAUUAGGAGGCGGAACAACAUGGCAUGCAUCAGGAUUAGUAGGAGCUUUUAAACCAAGUCUGGCACAAGUAAAACUUGCUCAGGAUAGUAUUACUUUAUAUAAGGAGUUGGAGAAAAAAGGCCUUUCGACAGGAUGGAAGCAAUGUGGCAGUCUUUCCUUAGCACGAACGAGAGACCGCAUGACAUCGUUCAGACGAAUGAAGGCACAAUCUGUGUCACGUAAUAUAGAGUGCCAUCUAGUUUCGCCAGAAGAAAUUCACGAUCUGUGUCCACUGUUGCACGUUGAAGAUUUAAUAGGAGGAUUAUGGAUUCCAGAAGAUGGUGUUGGUGAUCCAUAUCAGAUCUGUUUGACUUUGAUACAAGAGGCACGACAAAGAGGUGUUACAGUAUUUGAGAAUUGCGCGGUUACCAAAGUUAUUAAUCACAGUGGUCAAAUAGAAGCGGUGGAAACAACACGCGGUACAAUCAAAUGUCAACAUUUUGUAAAUUGUGCUGGAUUUUGGGCACGGAAUGUGGGAAAACUUAGUGAGCCAUAUGUCAAGGUACCACUUCAUCCAGUAGAACAUUAUUAUUUACACACUAAACCUAUUGCUAAUUUAGAUCCAAUGAUACCUGUUAUACGCGACUUGGAUGGAUAUAUCUAUUUUCGAGAGAAUGAAGGACGUCUGUUAGCUGGUGGUUUCGAGCCAAUUGCAAAACCAGCAUUUGAAGAUGGCAUAAUUCCCGAAAGCAUGGAUAAACGAUUUUUACCAGAAGAUUGGGAUCAUUUUCAUAUUUUGCUGGAACAAAUGUUGCACAGAAUUCCAAGUUUAGGAAACGCCAUUUUGGAGAGGCUCUGCAACGGGCCUGAAGCGUUCUCUCCAGAUUGCAGAUGGAUCGUGGGAGAGGCACCAGAAAUACGUAAUUACUACAUCGCUGCCGGAAUGAAAACGGUGGGAAUAUCCGCCGCUGGCGGAGUUGGUCGUGCAACGGCGGAAUUAAUAGUUAACGGCUCGACUUCGUUAGAUAUGUACGAGUUAGAUGUCUCGCGUUUCCUUGGGCUGCAUAACAAUCGUAAAUUUCUACGCGACCGAGUGCGAGAAGUACCUGGAAUGCACUACGCACUACAGUAUCCGCACCUCGAGUUUAAAACCGGAAGAAACCUAAGAAUGUCACCGAUUUAUCCAAAGCUUAGAGACGCAGGCGCUGUUUUCGGUCAAGUCAUGGGUUAUGAGAGACCUUCCUGGUUUCAGCCGGAUCAUGACUGUGAUUUGGAGUUUCCUGACGGUUUCCAGAGAUACAAAAUAGCUUACACUAAUACCUUCGGUAAGCCUCCUUGGUUCGACGCGGUUGCACAGGAAUAUGCCGCUUGCAGAGAAGCAAUUGGUUUAAGUGAUUAUUCCUCCUUUACCAAAAUUGACUUAUGGUCAAACGACACAGAAGUUGUGGAUUUGUUGCAGUAUUUGUGCUCAAAUGAUGUGGAUGUGCCUGUGGGAAGUAUUAUUCACACCGGUAUGCAAAAUCAUCUUGGUGGUUAUGAGAAUGAUUGUAGUUUAGCACGAAUCGCAUCGAACCAUUACAUGAUGAUUGCUCCAACUAUUCAACAAACUCGUUGCAAGAAUUGGAUUCACCGUCAUCUGCCGGUAGAUGGUUCUGUCGCCGUGUCCGACGUUACUUCAGCGUACACUGCAAUUUGCAUAAUGGGACCGGCCACUAGGAAAUUGUUAACUGAAUUAACGGACAUAGAUUUAAAUCCAAAGAAUUUCCCAUUCUUCACAUUCAAGGAAUUAGACGUUGGACUUGCCAAUGGCAUUCGUACAAUGAAUUUAACGCAUACCGGAGAACUUGGUUAUGUGCUGUAUAUACCAAACGAGUUUGCACUGCACGUCUAUACAAGACUAAUAGAGGCCGGAGCAAAAUAUGGUAUGAAACAUGCUGGUUAUUAUGCAACAAGAGCAUUACGCGUUGAAAAGUUUUACGCAUUUUGGGGACAAGAUCUGGAUACCUUUACUACCCCUUUAGAAUGCGGAAGAUCGUGGAGAGUAAAAUUCGAUAAGGAAGUUAAUUUUAUAGGCAGAGACGCUCUUUUGAAACAACGUGAGCAAGGAGUUCAACGCAAGUAUGUACAAUUACUGUUAAAUGAUCAUGAUCUUGAAUUUGAUACUUGGUGCUGGGGUGGUGAGCCUAUUUAUCGAAACGGAAAGUAUUGUGGAAUGACAACGACUACAGGUUACGGUUUUACAUUUAAAAAACAGGUGUGUCUUGGAUUUGUGCAAAAUUUUGAUUCGAAAGGUCAGCCACAAGAAGUGACAAACGAGUACAUAUUAUCAGGCGAUUACGAAGUAAACGUCGCGGGUAUCAUGUAUCCUGCCAAGUGUCAUUUACAUAGUCCGAAUUUACCGACCAAAUUUCCUGAUAAAGAGAGAGACGCUUAUCACGCUACGCGCGAUCAACAAUCUUUAUAAUCUCCUAUUUAGAAAUAUUUCAAGUCAAACAAUGUGUGUACAAACAAUGUAUAUAGCAAAAGAUUGAAUAAAUCGUUUAAUAAGUAUCACUCAAAAA